AUGGAGUUCCUGAUCGAUGUUCUUUCUCUUCCUGAACCAGUGGGCGAUGACGACAAUGACGUUUAUCAUGGAGAUACUUUUGAUACUAUUCAUCUACGUAAUUCUGGUGAUAAGUUGAUAGUGAAAGCGAUACUGAUGUAUCAAAUUCAUGAUGUUGCUGAUAUACUCCAGUCAAUGCUUAAAUCUGAUCAAGUAGUUAUUAUUAUUUCAGGAAGUUCUAUCAAUCCUAGUAAGAGAACAUAUCCAGAAGAAAUGAUCCAGACUGGUAUCUCCACAAUUGAUGUGAUGAAUUCAAUUGCUAGAGGACAAAAGAUUCCUUUGUUUUCUGCUGUUGGUCUUCCUCACAAUGAGAUUGCUGCUCAAAUCUGUCGUCAAGCUGGUUUAGUCAAGCGAUUGGAAAAAAUUGAAAACUUGCUUGAGUCGGGUGGAGAAGAGGACAACUUUGCCAUUAUUUUUGCAGCUAUGGGAGUGAACAUGGAGACUACACAGUUUUUUAAACGUGAUUUUGUGGAAAAUGGCUCCAUGGAAAGAGUGACACUUUUUAUAAAGUUAUAUCUUCAACAUAGAAGAAAAGAAAUAGAAGAUAAGAGAAUUUGA